AUGAGACAACAAAAGCUGGGCCAGACCUUUUGGACACUGCUGCUCUCCACCCAGCUGCUUUGGCAGACUGGUGAGGGCAAAUGUUUGAAAAAUGACUGUCUGAUCAAUGUAAUGAUGGUGAAUGACUACGGAUUCCCAGUGACCACAGAGAACAUAAAAAUAGCUGUGCGAUUGGGAUUGAGUAAGGUGGAAGAAGUCCUGAAAGAGAGCAAUUUGAGUGUCAAUCUCAACGCAACAUUUAACGACUUCAAUUCAUCUCUCUAUGUCUCACAAGGCUGCCGCACUAGCACUUGUGAAGGUGUGGAAAUCAUCAGGCAGCUAUUUAAUGAUGGUAAUCUUGGGUGUGCUGUCCUGGGUCCCGCAUGUACCUAUGCCACAUAUCAGAUGGUCUCAGUGGAGACAGUAAUGGGCCUCCCUCUGAUCUCUGUAGGGAGCUUUGGGCUGACUUGUGACUACAAAGUAAACCUAACACGGAUGAUGACACCUGCCAGGAAAGUGAGCUACUUCUUGGUUGAUUUCUGGCAAAAUUCCAGAUUGCCAUUCAAAGCUGUCUCUUGGGAAUCUGCUUAUAUCUAUAAGACGAAUAUAAUCACUGAAGACUGCUUCUGGUAUAUGAAUGCUCUCGAAGCUGGAGUUACAUACUUCUCUGAAAAAAUAAAAGACAGGGAGAUCAUAAGGACCCCAGAGCUGCUAAAGAAAACACUGACAAAUCCAUCUCGAAAAAGCAAUGUGAUCAUCAUGUGUGGCACCCUAGAGGACAUUGAGACAACCUUAGAGAAUGGAGAGGUGGAUGAGGACAUAGUUAUUAUCCUGAUAGAUCUUCACAGUAAUAAGUACUUUGAAAAUGGCUCUUCAUCCUUUGCGAUGCAGAAUGUCCUUGUCCUGACACUGAAACCACUGAACACUGCCUUGGUUUCUGAGAAUUCAGAAGAUUCCUACUUGCUGAAUGAUGACUACCUUGUUGGUUAUGUGGAUGCUGUUUUGCUCUUUGGAGAUACCUUAAAGAAAAUUCUUCUCAAGAAACAAAAUAAUUUUGCUGCUGCAGAUUUCAUUAAACACUUCCGGAGUGUCACAUUUCCAGGUAUACUGGGUCCUGUAAUACUGGAUGACUGGGGGGACAUCGAUGUCAAUUUCACCCUUAUGUAUACAUCUGUGGAUAAGUAUGAAUAUAAGACCCUCCUUCAGUUUGACACUCAACUGAAUGAGACAACGGCGAAGACAGACAAGCCAUCUUUCCGCUGGAGCAAAAACACUCUGCCUGAUGAUCUUCCUAGCCGUGGUCCACACAUUCUGGUUAUAGCUAUUUUCACACUUACUGGGACAGUGGUGCUGGUUCUGAUCAUCGCUCUGCUGGUGCUGAGAAAAUACAGAAGAGACAAUGAAAUGCGGCAGAAGAAAUGGUCGCACAUACCACCUGACAAGAUCCUGCCUUUGGAGACCAAUGAGACAAACCAUGUCAGUCUGAAGAUCGAUGAAGACAAAAGGCGUGACACCACCCAGAGGCUGCGACAAGGCAAAUAUGACAAGAAGGUGAUAAUCUUGAAGGAUUUCAAACACAAUGAUGGAAAUUUUUCAGAGAGACAGAAAAUAGAACUCAACAAGCUUCUUCAGAUUGACUAUUACAACCUGACGAAGUUCUACGGAACAGUCAAGAUGGAUACUAUGAUCUAUGGAGUGAUUGAGUAUUGUGAGAGAGGAUCACUGCGGGAUGUCUUAAAUGACAAAAUCUCCUACCCUGAUGUCACCUUCAUGGACUGGGAAUUCAAAAUUUCUGUCAUGUAUGAUAUUGCCAAGGGAAUGUCCUACCUGCAUUCAAGCAAAACAGAAGUCCAUGGUCGCCUUAAAUCUACAAAUUGUGUUGUGGAUAACCGUAUGGUGGUAAAGAUCACUGAUUUUGGAUGCAAUUCUAUUCUGCAACCUAAAAAAGAUCUCUGGACUGCUCCUGAACACCUUCGUCAUGGUGAUGUAUCUCAAAAAGGUGAUGUGUACAGCUAUGGAAUUGUAGCACAAGAGAUCAUCCUCCGUAGGGAGACUUUCUACACUAAUUAUUGCCAUGACCAUAAAGAGAAACUUUAUAGAAUAGAGAGCAGCAAAGGACCAAGACCAUUCCGGCCAGAUCUUUCCUUGGAUUCAGCAGGGGAAAGAGAGCAUGAAGUAUAUCUUCUUGUGAAAAGCUGCUGGGAAGAAGACCCAGAGAAGAGGCCUGAUUUUAAGAAAAUUGAAAGUACCCUUGCUAAGAUAUUUAGCAACUACCACAGCCAAACCAAUGAAAGCUACAUGGACACCUUAAUCCGCCGUCUGCAACUGUAUUCACGAAACCUGGAACACUUAGUAGAAGAGAGGACACAGCUGUACAAGGCGGAGAGGGACAGAGCUGAUAGGCUUAACUUCAUGCUUCUCCCAGGGCCUGUGGUAAAAUCCUUGAAGGAAACUGGACUAGUAGAACCAGAACUGUUUGAAGAAGUUACCAUUUACUUCAGUGACAUUGUGGCUUUCACAACCAUCUGUAAAUACAGCACUCCUAUGGAAGUGGUAGACAUGCUAAAUGAGAUCUACAAGAACUUUGAUCGCAUUCUAGACCAUCAUGACGUUUACAAGGUGGAAACUAUUGGAGAUGCAUAUAUGGUAGUAAGCGGUUUACCAAAGAGGAAUGGCAAUCGUCAUGCAGUGGAUAUUUGCAUGAUGGCACUAGAUAUACUCAGCUUCGUGGGCUCCUUUGAACUCCAGCAUCUUCCAGGCCUUCCUAUAUGGAUUCGAAUAGGAAUACAUUCUGGUCCUUGUGCUGCUGGUGUUGUUGGGAUCAAGAUGCCUCGCUACUGUUUGUUUGGAGACACAGUGAACACGACUUCAAGGAUGGAAUCUACAGGCUUACCUCUACGGAUUCAUGUAAGUGGUUCCACUAUUGCUAUCCUCAAGAGGACAGACUGCCCAUUCCAGUACGAAGAGCGAGGAGAGACUUAUCUGAAGGGCAAAGGAACUGAGAUUACCUAUUGGCUCACAGGAGUGAAGGACAAACAAUAUAACCUUCCAACUCCACCUUCUGUAGAGAAUCAGCAGCGCUUGCAGGCUGAUUUUGCUAAGAUGAUUUCAGACUCUCUGCAGAAAAGACAAACAGAAGAAUUCCAGAUGCGAAAGCUUUCACGCGUGCCUAGUUAUUACAAAGAUGCUCUCGAAUAUCUGCAAGUGUCUACUAUAGAAACAUCCAGCACUUACCUGUAA